GGGGUGUGACAUGGACUGAAGCCCUCACCUUCUCUCCACCCCCUGAAGCCUCCUGGCUGCUCUGAGCUGGAUGGGGGUGGGAUUCUGCUACUCUGUCGCUCCCAGAGCUUCCAUUUCUUUAUCCGUCCUCACACGUCACUAGUGGGAUUGUGGCUGGAGCAUCAGGUAAUGAGUGGGGGCUUUUGGUGUUCCAGAUGCCGGUGACCUUCGAGGAGGUGGCUGUGUAUUUCACCCAGGGGCAGGGGGCUCUCCUGGACCCCGCUCAGAGAGCCUUCUACAGGGACGUCAUGCAGGAGAACUACGAGACGGUGACCUCGCUGGGAUUCCCCCUUCCCAAACCUGAGCUGAUCGCCCGGCUGGAACGAGGGGAAGAGCCGUGGGUUCCCGAUCUCCAGGCCUGCAAUGAAAGAAGGCUUCCGAGAUGCACCCAUACAGAGGGGACAUUGUUCCAUUCUGCAAAAGGAAGAAAGGUUGUCGUUUUGCAUACCAUGAAAGAAGCCCUGCAACUCCUUGAAAGGUAUCAUGACAGUCUAAUGGGUGGACAUCUAGGAAUAUUCAAAACGAGGAAUAUGCUGACAUCAAAAUACUAUUGGCCAGGGAUGACAAAAGACAUUGCCAAUUGGGUUGCACGAUGUCUGACUUGCCAGAAAGAGGGAAAGGAAUUAAAUCUUGAUACCACCUUGAAAAGCAUAAAGGUCACUCGGAUCUGGGAAUUGGUGGAAAUAGAUUUAAGAGGACCAUUGCCAGUAACAAAGGAUGGAUACCGGUGUAUACUGACAGCCAUAGAUUAUCUUUCAAGAUGGAUGGAAGCCUUGCCACUUAGAAGUAAGUCAGCAUCUAAGGUGGCAAAGAGCAUGUACAAAAUGAUUGUUCGACAUGGAUGCCCACAGCGGAUUCUGACAGAUCUUGGUCCAGAAUUCAAUAAUAAGUCAAAUUUGUAAUGACCAGCAAACACGCAGAGAGACUGGAGGCCAAAAUGAGAAACAUAAAAUUGUAUGGCGCUUCAUUUCAUUGCCUGAAACUGAGAAGCGGGAUAAGUGAUAAGGUUAUUGAUGCAUAUUUGAGCUGUGUGGUCGAGAAAGCAGAUGGAAAGACCCUAGCAGCACUCCCAGCUAUCUUCGAGACACCACUGACUUCCUGAGGAAAUUACAAUGCAUUGGUGAUCUUCCUGAAAACGCCAUCAUGGCCACCACAGAUGUAGAAGCGCUUUACACCAAUAUUCCACACAAGGAGGAAGAGAGAGAAUCCUACAGCAGUUGGCUCCACUUCUCCAAAAAUCCACAAAUGGGAGUGGGUGUGUCCACCAUAUGAUCAAUCCAGUGAUAUCAUGCUGUCUCCGUGACCUUGGAGGUUGCUUCUGGUAUCAAUUCUGGGCAGCCGCUGGAUGGUCAAACCAUAGACAGCAUUGAGUGAGCGAGAUAGAGAAGCCAAUCUCAUCAUUACCUCAGGGAUUGUGCAGCCUAUUUGCCACUGUCCUCUGUGAUUCAGGACGUCUCUGGGGAUCCUGGGACAGACAGUGGGCUUGUCUACACUACCAAUUUUUGUUGACAAAACUUGUGUCGACACCCAAAAGUCGACAAAACAAAAAUCACCAAAGGGUGUUCACACUUGCUCCCUCUGUCAACAGAUCAUGUCCAUAUUGGGGACACCAUCGUCAACAGGGUGAGCAAUGCACCAUGGGUAUGUAUCCCACAGUGCGGUGUUGUGGGAAGGAAGAGCUGAUCUCUGCACAUCUUGGGAUUCUCUUCAAGUUCUCUCACAGCCCCUUGAGCUGCCCGGAGUGGCAUCAUGAGUAAUUCUGUGAGCUCUGUAUGCUGAGGAAUGGCGAAGGAGCACAUCAGCCUGCCCCCCUCCCCCUGCAGCAGCAGUCGGCCUGCUGCGGUGUUCCUAGUGCAGAGCAGAACAGGAGCAUUCCAAUGAUUUGCUCUGUGUUUGUUCCCCAAAUGGAGCAACACACUCAGCUGUCAGAUACUUCCCUGAACUUUGAAAGGGGAGGGGCGCAUGCCUGCAGGGCAGCAGAGAUCAAAACACUGAGCUGAGCAUUCAGGGCAGAUAUUGUGGGACCCUGAGGGAAGCCAGUUCUGCCCACAAAACAAUCAGCAGUGUCUACACAGGCUCUCUGUGGACAAUAAAGGGAGGGGGGAAAGACAAAAGUCUCUUGUCAGGAUGGAAGUUUUUUGUCACCAAAACUGGGCAUUUUUCACAACAAAAGUCCCAUUGUAGUGUGUACGCUCUUGCUGUUUUGUGGCCAAAUGACAGUUUUUGGUGACAAAACUUGCCAGUGUAGUAAAGCUCAGUGUCACUGAGACAUGGGGGGGGGGGGAACAAUCCAAUGAGAAUGGAAAAAAGGGGCUUCUCUAGCCACAGUCAUCCUAGCCCCUAUGACCAGGAGGAGUCCCAUCUAUCUACUGUUCUGGCUCAACUCUAUGCUCCUGGAAGACCUCUGUCUAUCCAACCGCUGAUAUCUCAUCUCUAUGAUCUCUGGAAACUCCACGUCCUCCAGUCCCUGUAGAACCAGGGAUGGGAGGGGUGGGGGGAAGAACC